GUAGCGGUUGACUACGCGGGUGUCUGCGGGACGCACCGGCCCGGCGCUGCUCGCCGCGCUAGCUGAUUGUUGGGCGGCCGGCGCCAUGUCUGUGAGCGAGAUCUUCGUGGAGCUGCAGGGCUUCUUGGCUGCCGAGCAAGACAUCCGAGAGGAAAUCCGAAAAGUUGUACAGAGUUUAGAACAAACAGCUCGAGAGAUUUUAACCCUCCUUCAAGGGGUCCAUCAGGGCACUGGGUUUCAGGACAUUCCAAAGAGGUGUUUGAAAGCUCGAGAACAUUUUGGUACAGUAAAAACACAUCUAACGUCUCUGAAGACCAAGUUCCCUGCUGAACAGUAUUACAGGUUUCAUGAGCACUGGCGGUUCGUGUUGCAGCGCCUGGUCUUCUUGGCAGCGUUCGUUGUGUAUUUGGAAACAGAAACGCUAGUGACUCGAGAAGCAGUUACAGAAAUCCUUGGCAUUGAGCCAGAUCGGGAGAAAGGAUUUCAUCUGGAUGUAGAAGAUUAUCUCUCAGGAGUUUUAAUUCUUGCUAGUGAAUUGUCAAGGCUGUCUGUCAACAGUGUGACCGCAGGAGACUACUCCAGACCACUCCACAUCUCCACAUUUAUUAAUGAGCUGGAUUCAGGUUUCCGCCUUCUCAACCUGAAAAACGACUCCCUGAGGAAGCGCUAUGAUGGCUUGAAGUAUGAUGUGAAGAAAGUAGAGGAGGUGGUCUAUGAUCUCUCCAUCCGGGGCUUCAAUAAGGAGACUGCAUCGGCUUGUGUUGAAAAGUAGGAGGCUCUCCUUGCUCCUGGCCUUGCUGACCUUUGUGGUUGGCAGGGAGAGUAAAUGGAGAGCCUCUUCCUGUAGUUAGGGUGCCCAGUUGCUAAAGAGUGCACUUUAUUU